CGGGGCGGGGACCCGGCGGUCGCUGAGGUGGGGGUUGGUAGAGGACGCUUCCCGAGGGCGCGCGGAGUGGAGCUGCUGACAGACACGCACGCGCGUGUGCGCUCCCAACUACUGCGCGGCCCCGCGACCCCCGUCGGUCUCCGAGAGGCCCGGCGUCGGCGCCGCAGCCGUCUAGGAUUCCUGUCCAGAGGCAUCCCCGGCGUCCCCAGCCCGAGUCUCCGCGCUCCGGGCCGCGCCUGCUUCUGCCGGCAUCCCGUCCCCCGUCGUCAGAGACUGUCCCUUAACUCAUCUUUCCGCACCCAGACCGGGUCCUCGCGGCCCAUGCUGGCCGCUGGGGACCCAGGCAGCCUAGGUCUGUCUCGGGCCGGCCAGCCGGCCACCAUGGUGGCCCUGAGGCCUGUGCAGCUACUCCAGGGGGGCUAAUAGACCCAGGACGCGGGCCCAGGGGUGAGGGGGUCCCAGGCCAGUACCCCGCGCCAUGGCCGGAGCCAUCGCUUCCCGCAUGAGCUUCAGCUCACUCAAGAGGAAGCAGCCCAAGACAUUCACGGUGCGGAUCGUCACCAUGGACGCCGAGAUGGAGUUCAACUGCGAGAUGAAAUGGAAAGGGAAGGACCUGUUUGAUUUGGUGUGCCGGACGCUGGGGCUUCGGGAAACCUGGUUCUUUGGACUGCAGUAUACAAUCAAGGACACGGUGGCCUGGCUCAAAAUGGACAAGAAGGUGUUGGAUCAUGAUGUUUCGAAGGAAGAACCAGUUACCUUUCACUUCCUGGCCAAAUUUUAUCCUGAAAAUGCUGAGGAGGAGCUAGUUCAAGAGAUCACACAACACUUAUUUUUCUUACAGGUGAAGAAGCAGAUUUUGGAUGAAAAGGUCUACUGCCCUCCUGAGGCAUCCGUGCUCCUGGCGUCAUAUGCUGUCCAGGCCAAGUUUGGCGACUAUGACCCCUCUGUGCACAAGAGAGGAUUUUUAGCCCAAGAGGAAUUGCUCCCGAAAAGGGUGAUAAAUCUCUAUCAGAUGACUCCGGAAAUGUGGGAGGAGAGAAUUACUGCUUGGUAUGCGGAGCACCGGGGCAGAGCCAGGGAUGAAGCUGAAAUGGAGUAUUUGAAGAUAGCUCAGGACCUGGAGAUGUAUGGGGUGAACUACUUUACAAUCCGGAAUAAAAAGGGCACAGAGUUGCUGCUUGGAGUGGAUGCUCUCGGGCUUCAUAUCUAUGACCCUGAGAACAGGCUGACCCCCAAGAUCUCCUUCCCAUGGAAUGAAAUCCGAAACAUCUCCUACAGCGACAAGGAGUUUACUAUUAAACCACUGGAUAAGAAAAUUGAUGUCUUCAAAUUUAACUCCUCAAAGCUUCGUGUUAAUAAGCUGAUUCUUCAGCUAUGUAUUGGGAACCAUGACCUAUUUAUGAGGAGACGGAAAGCUGACUCUUUAGAAGUUCAGCAGAUGAAAGCCCAGGCCAGGGAAGAGAAGGCUAGAAAGCAGAUGGAAAGGCAGCGGCUGGCUCGGGAGAAGCAAAUGCGGGAGGAGGCCGAGCGGACAAGAGACGAGCUGGAGAGGAGGCUCCUGCAGAUGAAAGAGGAAGCAACGAUGGCCAAUGAAGCCCUGAUGCGGUCUGAGGAAACAGCUGACCUGUUGGCUGAAAAGGCUCAGAUCACAGAGGAGGAGGCCAAGCUUCUGGCACAAAAGGCUGCAGAGGCUGAGCAAGAGAUGCAGCGAAUCAAGGCCACAGCUAUUCGGACAGAGGAAGAGAAGCGUCUGAUGGAGCAGAAGGUGCUGGAAGCUGAAGUGCUGGCAUUGAAGAUGGCUGAGGAGUCAGAGAGAAGGGCCAAGGAGGCUGAUCAGUUAAAGCAAGACUUGCAAGAAGCCCGAGAAGCAGAGCGAAGGGCCAAGCAGAAACUCUUAGAAAUCGCCACCAAGCCCGCAUAUCCACCCAUGAACCCAAUCCCAGCACCACUGCCUCCUGACAUACCAAGCUUCGGCAUUAUUGGUGACAGCUUGUCAUUCGACUUCAAGGAUACAGACAUGAAGCGACUUUCCAUGGAGAUAGAGAAAGAAAAGGUGGAGUACAUGGAGAAGAGCAAGCACCUGCAGGAGCAGCUCAAGGAGCUCAAGACAGAGAUCGAGGCCUUGAAACUCAAAGAGAGGGAGACGGCCUUGGACGUCCUGCACAGCGAGAACUCAGACAGAGGCGGCACUGGCAGCAAGCAUAAUACCAUUAAAAAGCCUCAAGCCCAAGGCAGAAGACCUAUCUGCAUUUGAGUCCUCAAACUCACUCUGCAGAGCGCCAAGUCCCGAGUGGCCUUCUUUGAAGAACUCUAGCAGGUGGCCCGACCACCUCCUGCCACAUCUGCUGCUCCUGACACCAACAGCAUGAGCCUGACCCAAAGGAAACAUCAGGAGAGGGCUGCCUUGUUUGGGAACUCUUGAGUAGAGGGCCCAGUCUCCUUCGUGUUCAGUUGUUUUUGAACUCUGACUCUGUAGAGAUUUCUCCAGGUAUUCGUGUUCUCCUGGCCUGCAUAUCUCUCCCCACCCCUCAAAAAUAUUGUGCGUGGGCUGCCAUCCUUCCUGCACCUUAGGCACUGUGGCAUUAAGUGCCGCUGUGUGGGCUGUCUGAAAUCUCCCAUGCAGGUGCUACCCAUUCCCCAACUGGGCCUCCCCUCCACAGUGAGGACCUGGUACAGUGUAGAGGCAUGGAUGGCUUAGCUAGAACCAGCAGUGAUGGUAGGAAACAGAACAGCUGUGGCUAGGAAGAGGCGUAAGAUAAAAGCUGCUGGGAGACAUGAGUGUGCACGAGUCCCUUCAGUCUUAGCCACCUGCCCGUGGCGGGCCAGGACCUCCGUCUCCGCCCACUCUCCAUAUGGAGCCCCAGAGCCCUGCUGCGCGUCCCUCGUCCUCUUCAAUACCUAGGCUUCACGUCAUUGUCCUUGUCUUCACCGGGAGCCCAGCAGUGGCCUUCUGGUCUCUCCUUUCCUGAGCCUGACAGAGGUAUCAGGCCACUCACAGUCACACAAGCCAACACUAUGGGUGGCCUCCAUGCUGGAUGGAAAAUGUUUCCCAUGUGCCACACACACUCCAUGGUUGGGCCUGUCUUCUGUGUAACUGGGUCACUGCUACAGUCAAUCAGAGCCCUUAAAGUCCUUAAGAGCAGGUGAUUUGCUCAGUCCACAAACAAACAGAUAUACUUUAGCUGAAGACAACUAAACUGAGGAGCUGAGCAAUGGAGUGUUCCACAGUACAGUUUGUUUUUGAGAAACUGAGGCACACUACCUUGUUCCCACCGGCUGGCUGUUGUUAUUAGGCCUCUUUGCCAUAGGCAGCCACCCAAGGGUCACCUCAGCAUCUUUGGCAUCUGGGAUAGCACUCUAGUCUGGAACCUAAGGCUCAGGAGUUGUCCUCUGGACUCGACACACCCUUGAUCUGAAGUUGAGCGGUCUUCUCUGGUCUGAAACUACUCUCUGACUUUCUUCCUCUCUGUACAUUUGAUCUAACAAAGGCUGUGGAACACAGGACAAUGAUGCUGGUUUAUAAAAAUUAUGAUAGGCCUUUGUUUUUUAAUUUAACACUUUAUAUCUCAAAUUUGGGAAAUGCCAGGCUACAUAGCCACGUGGGAGCCCUGGUAUUUGAGGAAUGGUGAGUGUAACUAUUUCUUGGAAGGUAGGGCCCAAAUCCUACUCAGAAGUACCUCAGCUCCCCUCAAGAGAGAGGAUGGGUGCCCCAGGAUGUCUCCAGCCUGCUUGGAGCCUGUAGCUAGGUUCUUUUCAGUAGACAAUUUUAGAGUCAGAGAGAGACAUCUGAAGUCUAAAGAGAGGUCCAGUCCUGACUGUUUCUAGUUUCAAUGGUUCUUGAACCAUGGACUGGGGCACCCUGAUGCUGAAACAGCAAGUCACUCUCAGUGCAGGACACUGAGGCCUUGCUCUUGGCCUGUGGCUGGUCAUACACCAUGACUGAGGCAAUACCUGAGCCACCCCCGCACUCUGACUCGAGGUCACUGCCAAGCCUUGCUAGACAACAGCAGUGGGCUUACAUAACACUACUUCAGUUACUGCUUUAUCAUCUUUUAGACGUUUCUUGUGCUCCAUAUUUUCAAAAGGCCCAGAGACUGACACCCAGCAACAGUGACUAACUGUUCUUGCCAACAGGGCCAGAGCCUCAAAGCCCCUAGCACAAGCAGCCUUCACAAGGGACCCAGCCUCUCCUAGGUGCCUCGAGGCCAAGCCUGUGCCCAUGGGCCUCCAUUCCUCUGUUCUGUUAUCAAACAGCUUUUCAUGUGAGGCCCAUGUCACUCCUGUCAGGGCCAGAACAUGAAGCUGUUUGUUGGGGUUGGGGGUGAUUAUAAUUUAAGUGAUUGUUUUAAUAAAAACUCUAAGCUGCUAUA